AUGACGCCGUCGCCGCUGCCUCCGCAUUGGGUAGUGCGCGUCUCUCGGUCGAAGAGAAAGGUCUAUUACUACCACGAACUCACGCACAUGACACAAUGGAUUCGUCCUGCACCUGCAUCGAUCCAGAGCUCUCCCAAGCGUCUCAAGCGCGACGAACCCGUCGAUCGCACCGAGCCGACACUUGGAGAGCAGCAUACGAAACAAGAGCAUGUACUGGACCGGACAGAACAAGAGCACGUGCGGGAUCACACAAGACUAGAGCACGUACAGGAUCAUACGAACGAAGAGCAACAGACAGAAGACGAGCAACCGACAGAAGAAGAGCAACAGACCGAAGAUGAGCACCAGACGUUACGAGAGCAUGUUCUGGACACUAUCAUUCGGGCGUCUAUGCGCGUUGGAGGCAGUUUACUGAGCCAAAUAAACAGCAGCAAAUCGAACCGCUCGGCGUCUCUGUUCACGCCGUGGCCGCACCAAGUGACCGCCGUCAAGUCGGCUGUUCUUGCGAUCGAGACACAAAAAACAGAGAGAUCCAACUGGGAACAAGUGACGGGACGAGAGAGCUGGCGGUUCUUAGUGCAACAUAGCACAGGCGCCGGCAAAACACUGACCAUUGCAGCGCUGGCCCAUCAGCUCCUGUCGGCCAAGGACGCUCAAGGUGUGCAGUUUCACACUGUUGUGGUCAUGCUGGACCGAGUCAAGUUGAACGAGCAGGUGGGCGACGCUGUGGAGCGGUACUUGCGUCAGAACGGAGUGUUUGAUGUAUUUCGGGCUUUGAGUAUUGACCACUUGGCUGCAGUGCUCGAUUCACCGACCCAGCAACUGCAGAAGCAGCAACAGCACCAGCAACAAAAACAUGAACAGCAGCUACGUCUUCAACGAGUGAUCAUUACGACGACACAAAAGAUGGCGUUGCUGGUAAAAGAUGAUGUGCUCGUGACGAGGUUGCUGCAUCGAAGCUUGGCCAGACCUGUCACGACUAAAGAGGAACACAAGGAUAAGUAUCAGCGCGUUGCAAUCAUCACAGAUGAAGCACAUCGAUCGCAUACGUCGUCGACACGAGACGCUAUUGAUAAAGUGAUGAGCGCUGGAAAAGGCAGCCACGCGCGGCUCACGUUUGUUGGUUUCACAGCAACGCCAAACGCCGAUGCGCUCGAGUUGUUUGGGUGCCGAACAGAUGACGGCUAUCUUCGCCCUUUUCACUGCUAUUCGAUCGCACAAGCUAUAGCAGACGGACGCAUCAUGAAUGUACUGGAAGACUACACGUGCAUACGCUGUGAACUCGAAACCUCCGUGUUUUCGAAGUCAGUCCACGACUUGCUACGAACGCAUCGUGGUGCUAGGCGUUAUAUCAUGGAUCGUGCAAGUGAUGACAUAGCUGUUCUCAAGGCCAAGGCGCUUCUAAUGAUGACGGAUUUCGAGGCCGUGGAACGAGAACACCCGAAAGUGAAGUGCAUGAUUGUGGUGCGGAGUCGCCAUGACGUCACGCGGUACCACACGCUCCUGACGCGGUUCGUUGCCGCAAGAAAUCUCGGUUGGAUUUGUUUCGCUGCUUUCAGUGGUACUGUAACGAUGGACGGUGAAGACGGAACUUCAAAGCUCGUAACGGAACAGACGUUGAACAGUCGUAGCGUGACACUAUCUAUCAGCGACAUCAUCAUUGUCUGUGACAAGCUGGACACGGGCUACAACGAGCCUUUGCUCGCAUGCAUGUACGUCGAUCGUUACUUGCGUUCUAGCGCACAUACAGUUCAGCUUCUCAGUCGUUUGAAUCGCCGUCACAAGAACAAGCGCAAAGUUCGUGUCUUGGACUUUGCAAACCAUGCGGCACAAGUGCGACGGAGCUUCGCAGAUUUCUGGAGAGAAGCGAAGGUGCCGAGAUCGGCUGAUGUGAUUGACAAGGCAGCUGAGCGACACGACCUGGCGACCGCCAUCGUCGUUUUGUGCGACCACUUCCAGGAGCUGUGCUCGACACCGGUCAAAAUCGAGGAUCCAUGCGCCUUUGUAUCGGAACGCGUUUUACCAUUAGAGCGCGAUGCCUUUCAACAAGUGCUCGAUGCGCUUCGUGGUGGUGUGUUGGCGCUAAAAAGACUAGAGCAAGCAGGAUGUGCGAGCUAUUUCGAUUUGGUUUCUCCGUUCCGCUCUUCUGUGCUUGAUGAGCUGAAGAAAGAGAUUGAGCGUCACGUCGUUGCUGUGGCGGAAGACGUCAGGUUGUCUCUUGAUGAAGUCAAGACCAAGAUGCAGGCUCGGGUGCAAAAGCACGACAGGUCCUUCUCAGGGUCUCUGUACCCGCAAUCGUUGUUGGACCGCCUGGAGUGUGGGAGCAAGCUGACAGAAACGACAUCGUGCUUACGGCAGUUUGGGGAGCUAGAACGCUUUGAAGCUCUCCUGUUGACAACAUCGGCGCGUAACAACCAGUCUGUCGAUUCGUUCGACGUAGCAGAAGCGAUACAGGCCAACGAGGAGCUCAAGAUUGAGUACGACGACGACAAGUUGCUGACGUCGGAGACCGUCGGGUCCGUCCCGUCUGCAGGUGCUGCCGCGUCUGUUUCCGUGUUGUCACCUGCUGCGCCGUUCGGACUGCCUGCAGCCUCAGCGCUUGGGCCCACGUCUCCCUAUGGAGGCGCGUUAGGGGGGUACGCGGGGGGUUACACUGGAGGCCCGCUCUCGUACGGCAGCAGUGGUCUGCUCGGAGGCGGCGGUUAUGGAGGGUACGGCGGCAUGUCCCGAAUGGGGUACGGCAGUUCCCUUGGCGGCAGUCACAUGGACCCGAUGAACGGAGGAGGAAGAGAUGGUGGACUGGGCUGGCUCUCGAGCUUCCACCAGAUCGUGAGCUCUGUCGGUCAGAUAUCGGAACUGCUGGGGAUGAACGCAGAGGCGCUCAACUUUUGUAUCGGGAGUUCUGUGCACUUUCUGGAACACAUUGGCGCCAUGUGCGCGGGUGUGGCUGCCCUGCUGGCUCCACGGCCAGUGUUUCCACCCGGUCACCCGCGACAUGGCGAGCCGCCCGUGACGGAAGAGGAGGAGAAAAGUCGCCGACGUCGACGAGUGCGUAUCUUCCAGUUCAUUCUGAGCAUGGCGACACUCGCAGUGCUGUACAAGGGACUGCGGUGGCUGCGUGCCAGGACGUCGCUCCAGAAGCUGCUGGUCGCGCCGCCGUCCAGUAGCGUCCAUCGAGACCUCGAGCACAUUUUCGAGCAUACGAUGGGCGUCCGGCACUUGUAA